AUGCCACCUCUUCAUAAAUUUCAAUCAUGGAUGGCUAGGGAACAACGAGCUGCCAAUGCUUACCGAAUAAAAAUAUUUAGACAAAACCUUCGACAAAAAACCAGCAACGCAAUUAUAAAAUUGGCCGUAAUUUUCAAGAAACGACAGAUUUUAUUUAACACUGCUUUACGGAUACUAGCAUCGACAGACGAUAUUACAGAACUAAGAAAUUUAUAUUUGAGAUGCGAUAAUAUAGGGAAAAAAUUUCGUGUAAAUAUUAGAGCUUACAAUAGCGCUUUUGCAUUUACCUCGAUGGGUGUAAAAUUGGACAAAAAACUUGCAAAUGAUAAAGAUGGAGUUUACACGUUUAGGGCACAAGGUGGAAUUUACCACUUAAUUGGAUCUCUGCUUCCAAUAGAUAGAAUACCGAAAUUUCUCCAAUUAUACAUCUAUGAUACUAAAUUUGAAAUGGCUAAUAGACUUUACGUUAUGCCUCAAUUUCGUCAAGAUAUUUUAGAAUUUAUCAAAUUAAUGUUGAAUCAGUUAAAUCCUUUCAUUAUCAAUUUUUGCUCUAUAUCAUCUUAUAUGAAUAUAGCUGAACUUCGCUUGCUUAUAAGAGCUGAUCAUGGUUUAGACCAACGUGUUUACAACAAACUGACAGCCUCGCAGAUUUCUGCUGUCUGGGUGGAAGGUGGUCGACUUUUUCAACAAUAUGUCAUUGAUAAUUACGUUAAGAUAGAAUGUGCACGUCUUAAUUACUUAUGA